AUGACUAUUAGCUCUGGGAUCAGAAACAUCUUUCCAGGUUCUGAAAUAUGCGAUUUUGAGUUUGACCCGUGCGGUUACUCGAUGAAUUCAAUUGAAGAAGAUGCAGUUUCGACCAUCCAUGUGACCCCGGAAGACGGUUUUAGCUAUGCAAGCUUUGAAACAGUUGGGUAUGAUCUAAAAGCUUUGAACUUUAAGGAGUUGGUGAAUAGGGUUCUGAUUUGUUUUGGACCCGAAGAAUUCUCUGUAGCGGUGCACGCUGAUCUUGGAACUGGUCUCUUGGCGCGUGACUGUGUAGUUGAUGUGAAGGGAUACUUGAGCAAAGAGAGAGGACUAGAGGAGCUUGAGCUUGGCGGUUCGGUUCUUUACCAGAAGUUUGUAAAAAGUGUUGAAUGUAGCUCGCCGAAAUUGACUCUUAGUAGGUUUUCUUGGAAAGAGGAAGAAGUGGUUAAAGAAGAAGAGUGA